AUGCCAUUCCCCUUUGGGAAGUCCCACAAGUCUCCUGCAGACAUAGUGAAGAACCUAAAGGAAAGCAUAGCUGUAUUGGAGAAACAGGACAUUUCGGACAAGAAAGCUGAGAAGGCAACUGAAGAAGUGUCAAAAAAUCUUGUGGCUAUGAAGGAGAUCUUGUAUGGCACAAAUGAGAAGGAACCUCAGACCGAAGCUGUGGCCCAGCUUGCUCAAGAACUGUACAACAGUGGACUCCUGGGAACUCUGGUUACUGACCUGCAGCUCAUAGACUUUGAGGGAAAAAAGGAUGUGGCUCAAAUCUUCAACAACAUUUUACGAAGACAAAUUGGCACACGUACCCCAACUGUGGAAUAUAUAUGCACCCAGCAGAAUAUUCUCUUUAUGUUAUUAAAAGGGUACGAGUCCCCUGAAAUUGCUUUGAAUUGUGGGAUCAUGCUGCGGGAAUGUAUCAGGCACGAACCACUUGCCAAAAUAAUUUUGGGUUCCGAACAGUUUUAUGACUUCUUCCGAUAUGUGGAGAUGUCAACGUUUGAUAUCGCUUCCGAUGCCUUUGCAACUUUUAAGGACCUAUUGACUAGACACAAGCUCCUGAGUGCUGAAUUUCUUGAGAAUCAUUAUGACAAGUUCUUCAGUGAAUAUGAAAAGUUGUUGCACUCAGAAAACUAUGUGACAAAGAGACAGUCAUUGAAGUUACUUGGUGAACUUCUCCUGGACCGACACAACUUCACUAUCAUGACAAAGUAUAUCAGUAAACCUGAAAACCUCAAGCUGAUGAUGAACCUGCUUCGUGACAAAAGCCGCAACAUUCAGUUUGAAGCUUUCCAUGUGUUUAAGGUAUUUGUAGCCAACCCAAACAAAACACAGCCUGUCCUGGAUAUUCUCCUAAAGAACCAGAGCAAGCUUAUUGAAUUCCUCAGCAAGUUUCAGAAUGACCGCACUGAAGAUGAGCAAUUUAAUGAUGAGAAAACCUACCUAGUGAAACAGAUCCGGGAUCUGAAAAGACCCACACAGCAAGAACCCUGA